AUAUCUCAAACUACAUAAGCUGCCACAUUUCACAGCCAUGGUGGUUGUGAGUCUUCUGAACCCAUCUCUCCACACCCAAACCCUCGCUUCCUGCAACUUCAUUUCACCAUUUCUGCACCAUUUCCACCAAAUCUACACUAAUUGCAGAAGACCCACUAGACAAGAAGUGCAGAACUCUAAUGGGUUGCUUUCUGUUACAGCUUACAUGGAGAACCCCAACUCCAUUUCCAGUUUUGCCAGCAAAGUCAUUGGUUCUCUCCCUGUAAUUGGCCUUGUAGCUAGAAUUUUCAGCGAUGAAGGUGGUGUUGGUGGUGAUAUCAUUGAUUUCGCAGAGUUUAGGAGGAGAGUGGGCAAGAAGUGCACAUUCAAUGAUUCUAGAGCUUUUUAUGAGUUCCAGGAUCGGAGAGGCAAGUCAGGGGAUCCUUUGUAUGUUCUAUUGUGCUGUUGGCUAGCAGCUGUUGGUGCUGGUCUUCUCAAAUCUGAAGAGCUUUUGGAAGGGGCAGCAAGGCUUCGGAUAUCAAAUGAUAUUGAAUUUGAAGAGCAGAAUUUCAUUUCAUUGAUGAAUGAGGCAAGAGAGAAACGAGCAAAAUUAAAUGUUGCAACCCCUAAUAUCCCCAUGGACAUACGAGCUGAGAAGGCACUUGAGGCAAUUUAUGUAUGCUGCUUCGGGAGGAAUCCUAUAGAAAAGGAAGAUGAGGAAUUGCUGUGUGUCAUGCUGAGUGCUGUUUUUCCAUCGGUUGAGCAGGCAGAAAUACAAAGGAUUGUCAAAGACAUGGCAAAGAAAGUGGCUGAAGGUAGUGAUGAGGUCAAUUUUCCAGAGCCAAAGAACUUGCCAAAAGAAGCUGUACAGUUGCAAAUGAAAGACCUUCAAUUCCUUAAACAAAAUACAGAGACUUAAAUGGAAAUGCUAUUGUUAAUGCUACCACAACUCCUGAGUGAAUGCAUAAUGAAGAAUUCCAAGGCUAUGUGCUUGAAGUUUUGUUGCUUAUGUUGCAUGUAAAAUCAUAAACUGUACUCAGAAGUCAGUAGAAGAAAAAGACAAAAGUCCCACAAAUUCCAUUGCCAUUUUUAGAAUGUGGCAGGGAUGUGACCUGGUAGAAAACAGUUGCGAGUUGAUUUCUUUCUUAAGCUGUUGUAGCUACACAACUAAAGUAACUAAUGAAAUUGACUGAAUGUCUUAUCC